AUGUUCUCGCCGGCGCGUCCGAUCCCUGCGGAUUUUGAGAAGAACGUGCGAAUGGGAGACGCUGUGGCCUAUUGCACGAAAUGCAAGCACCAUAAGCCGCCGAGGACCCACCAUUGCAAAGUUUGUGGUAUCUGCGUGAUGCGAAUGGACCAUCAUUGCCCGAUUCUACAAUCAUGCGUCCAUCACCACAACUACAAAUUCUACCUGCUUUAUCUGACGGUCCCCUGCUGUCUCGGGAUAUUUGUGGCCAUUUGGCUAAGAGGUACCUUCUGGGAGCUGUUACUGGUGUUGUUCGGUGGCGGCGAGCUCAGUUUCGUCGACAACGCAAUAUUUGGAGCAUACACAAAUGCUCUGGUAAUAGCCGUCGGUGUCGGCUGGCUGGCUCGUGAGCAUCUGUUUCUGGCCCGCUACAACCGAUCAAGCAUCGAGCAGACCGUGCUCGAAUCGACGGAUUUUCAGGACGGGGAUAAGGCCGAGCUAGAAAACAUCUGCACGGCGUUUGGUGUGGGCCCACGUCUACCGCAUCGUCUAGCCGUCCUCCAACGUGUUGUGGACGGCAUUUACUGGCUGCUCCCACUGAACGGCAACGUCCCAGAUGAUUCGAUCAAUUAUAACAGCCGACUCGUCGACCCGCAAUCCAUAGCGCUUGGA